AUGAAGCUUUCGAUUAGACUUGUCACCUUACUGGCCGGAGUGGCCGCGGGCAGUCCCGCCAAGGCGGACAAGCGGCAGGCGAAAGAGGGCGCCGACAAUCUCAAAGCCUACUGCGCCGAAGGUGGAUAUGAAGCUGGCACUGUCACCGAAAAACAAGACGGCUACGAAAGGUUUACGGGAACAUGUGUCAAGAAAGAUGGCUCCAACGCAGAGAAAUUUUCUGUGCAACUUGGUGUACAGUUUUGCGAGAAGCUAAGCCGAAGAUUCCGAGGAUCCGGAGGUCCUCAUAAUCAGGGUGACUACGUGGUUAUUUGUGGGCCGAAGGAGGACAUCAAAAAGCCAGACGAGAGCAAUGGUCGGGUUCUUCUGAAUCAAAUCAUAGCUGAUUCACAAGGCGACCCCGAGAAGAUCAAAAUCUUUCUUGAGGGGCUGUCGAGAGAUGCACCGGGGACACUCACCAGCCUACACAAUGCCCUUAAAGCCCCUGCUUCGUCCACCCCGGGCGGCCUUGGUGGAGGGACGGGAGCUGGAAUAGGGCUUCUGACAGCAAUCUAUGAUUUUAUCACGGUCAAUGCUGCAGAAGGUGGACUAAUUGGCCCCGAAACCAAGGCUGGUCAAUGGCUACGAACCAACCCGAUUUGGGGGAGGUCGGGAACGCAGCCAUCUCCCUUCGGCUUUGACGCGUGUUGUGCUACAGUUGAGCUGCCUCCCACGCAGCUCUGCGUGCCAUUCAAGGAUGAGAGCCAUUGGUAUUGGCGUGAGGACGUAAAGAGAUGCAAGAGCUGGCACGACCGCCAAAAAUGCGACCCAGCCUAUGCCUAUGAUGAGGCUACACCGGCUGGAAAAGAACUAGCCCGAGCCUGUCGAGAGGCAGGAACGAAAGACGCGGCUAGCUGUGUCCGUCCCAGGUUGGCUUGCGAGAGCUUCGACGACAAGGCGGGAAAAUUCAAGUUUGAGUACUGCAUGGACGACAACAAUUCCUCCAGGGAGGUUUGUAAGGCAAACGGCUGGGUUGUGGGCUCGGGCCGGGACAAGACCCCGGAAGAGAUCGAAGCCUACAAGGAAGAGCAGAAGAAACAAGAGGAGGCCAAUUGCGUUAGCCCCCGCUGGGUUUGCAGUAAUAUUAAGGGACAAUUUGUGACUUGCAUCGACGGCAGCGAGCAAUCUCAGACGGAAUGCAAGAGUAACGGGUGGUUCCCAGAGCCCGCGCCGAAGCGCAGCGACAAGCAGGCCUAG